GUGACUUCCCCUACAGUGUUUAAUGUGCCACAGGUUGGAUGUACUCUGCGAGUGCGGAAAUUGACAAGUUUCACGCAGUUUCCAAGAGCUGCAAAUCACUCGGUGACGUCCAUUAGCAACCCUGGAAGUGCUCGACUCGGGAUGUGCUCCAGCCGGUCACGCCCAGGCUGAGCGGGACGGCUCCUGCGGGAAGGGAUCCAGGAUGGGCACGCUCGCCCUGCAGGUUGCGCUGCCAAAGGGCCGGGAACAGCCGUUCCAAGGCAACGCGCACCCCCUGCAGGCACCUAUCAGUUCCUCGGCAAAGAUUCCGUCAAUUACCUUAACCAAGAAAGGAGAAGACUCUUGUGUAAGAAGCAAUCUCAGCUGUGGCACCGGCCGGGCCCGGGGCAGGGCCGGCCCCCGGCAGAGCAGGGCACGCCCGCUCGGCCCGGCGCGCAGCGCGCAGGCGCGGCGGCGUUGGUGGCGGCAUGGGCGACACGCUGGAGGAGCCGUGGUGGGACAGCGAGCCCGGGACGGGCGGCACGCCAGAUCCUUCAGAUGAUGAAGCUAUUGAAAAAGCAAGUGAAAACAGGACAGCAACACGUCAAGAUUCAGAUUCCAAACCUGCUGUGAAAAAGAAAAGAAAGCAGCCUACAGAGUGUUUUUUAAGUCAGCCUGAAGAAAAGCAAGAGAGUGCUGUGAAGGCAAAGAAGAGGAAGAAGAAGAAGAUUUCUGAUGUUCUGCAAAAAUCUGCUCCAAAACCUGGUGUCCCUGCAGAUCUACAAAAUCUGCUUAGUCAACAUUUUGGUGAAAACCGGUCUGUGAUUGAAAUAGAGGAGUUAAAGCUGUCAGAUUCCUGCUUUUUGCCAGCCAAUGAUCUUACCCACAGUUUUUCUUCAUACCUGAAGGAAAUCUGUCCGAAGUGGGCGAAGCUCCGGAGGAACCACAAGGAGAAGAAGUCACUGGUGAUGUUGGUUCUCUGCAGCUCUGCCCUGCGCUCCUUGGAGCUCAUCAAAUCAAUGACAGCCUUUAAAGGAGAUUGCAGAGUCAUCAAGUUGUUUGCAAAGCACAUAAAGAUAAAGGAACAAAUGAAUAUGUUGGAGAAAGGCAUGUUCCACAUUGGGGUUGGAACUCCUGGGAGAGUAAAGGCACUAGUGGAGCAAGAUGCCCUGUGCUUAAACUCUAUGAAAUACAUGAUUCUGGAUUGGAACUGGAGAGAUCAGAAACUGAGGAGAAUGAUGGACAUCCCUGAGAUAAAGAAAGAAACAAUUGACCUACUGGAGAAGAGUAUUAUAAAGCUGUGCAGAGAUGGAUCUGUGAAGCUGGGACUCUUUUAAUAGUUUACCAACAAGGAAGUAAUUUGCAGCUGCAUUUUACUAUUAUCCUGCCUGCAACUGAAUUUUGACUUUUCAGAGGUCUCAAUACAGAAGGCACAUUGCAACUUUUUCUGAGUUUUCUUUUAAUAAAAACCUAGAUGUUUUGUUUGUA